CGGCACCUAUUUCGAAUCUCCCCGAAAAGAGGCGGGUAUCGUUAUGGAGUGUUUUCGUGACUAACUGGAGGAAAUACUCGCUUUGACGCCGAAUUUUGUGCCUAUAUACCGCUAUCGCAUCAAGACAUGGAGAGAGAACGAACGCAGAAGAAGUCGUAUGAGCGGCGUUUGGAGGACAUUAAGGAGAAGAGGAACAAACGUCUGGCCAGGGCAGCGGCGCUCAGCAGGGGACGGUGCCGCCUACUGAACAAAAACAGCGGAAUCAGGAAUCACGCCAGCAUCCUGGAGGGGGUACAGCAGAACAACAAGGCGCUGGCCUUGGCGCUGCAGGCUGAGAAGGACAAGGUUAGGCAGGCCAGUGACGUCAUCCUGCAACAGAAGCACGAGCUGCACAAACUCCUCUUCCACUGUGUGCUGCUCAGGCACAAGCUCAAGGAGCAGGAAGCAUCUUCUCCUCAGACCAAAGAAGCAAACCUGCCCGUGGAAGCCCACACAGUCUCACCAAGGAGAAAGCGUAACAGCGGCAUCAAGACAGCGUUGUGUGACAUCUCAACAUUUUGUUCAGAGCAUGUCCAGCCUGACCGUGAGCAGCUUUUGGUUUUGCCGCCAACGGUGGCCGUGAGACAGCGACGUGCAGGAGGAAAGAGCGGGAGGAGGUCUGAGCGUGUGCGAGAGUGGCAGCCCGUCUGUGAGUUGGACUCGGCAGCAGCGCCUCCAAGUGGUGAAGAUCCAAAGCAGGAUGUCAACACUCAAGAUUCUCACCCUGAUGUCCCGGAAACGGUCCAGCCAAUGAGAAAGACGCAGCAGCCUGGCAGGAAGCGAGGCCGCCAACAGCCCCGCCCCAAACCGGAACCCUCCACCGUCAAACCCCCAGAGAGAGGCCGUCCCCCUUUGAAGAAGCCAUGGGACAACCCCAAACCCAGGACCCGCUCCAAGAGUCGGGACCGCUCGGCCACGCGGUCCAAAGUGCCGCCUCCAGCAAACAACCCCAACACCUCGCUGGGCUUCAGCGACACGUUUGACUUUGACUGCGAGGAGGCGGUCCACGUCACGCCCUUCAAGCCCAAGCCCGACGACGCUCGGCAGGCACCGCCUCAGACAGAAGCGGAAACGCACACGCCCUCCACCGCCGGGAGCGAUUCCAGCUCGUCGCCAUCCUCCGAGUCCGAGGACAGCCUGUACGUCCCCAAGACCACCAGGAGGGGGCGUAGGUCUUCCCAGACCACAAAGACCAUCGCCACUCGGAGCGGUCGUCCAUCCAAGAAGGAUGGCCGCCUGACGACACCUGCUGAGUUUUUACUCGAAGAACCUCUCAGACAGGAAGUUGACGAGGUGACCUUCCCUGCCGUCAGUCCUCUGCGCGAGGCCCACAUGAGGAUCGACAACGUUCUGUCCAACUUUGGAGACUCCCCCUGUGACGCUACGCUGCCGUCGCCGCCGCCUCUUCCCACGCAGACGCCCCAGCGAGCCAAGAAACGUGUGCUCGGUGUAAGGACAGCAGGGCGGGGCUUGAGUCUGUGUGACGUGACCAAUAUAUCCUCCUCAGCUUACGGCAACGUGCGAUGCUCCACCCCCGUCCCGGCACGCAAGCGGCGCCGCACCAUGGUGGUGGACUACAAGGAGCCCUCCUUGCACGCGAAACUUCGCCGGGGAGACAAAUUCACAGACACGCAGUUCCUCAGCUCGCCGGUUUUCAAGCAGAAGAAGGAACGCAGGAUGUCGAGGACGUCACUGAAGUUUGAGAAGUACAAGUCCUUUGUUGGAUGUCGCUGAUUUCACCCCCCUGCCCCCCAGGUUUUUUCGUACUAUGUAUUUUUACACGUCUCCUCGUUACCAUCGUGAUGGCUCAGUCAUGAAUAUGACGGAAGCCUAUGAGCCGUAAAUAAAUUUUUACAAUUUUCACACCACGUAGAAAGAAGUAAUGAGUUGUUUUUAUUCCGUCUAUAAAAGCGACUACUCCUGCGUCGUUAGAACCAAUGUACAAAGAGCAUCAAAGUCCAGGCGUCUCAUACAAAAUGUUUUUUUCUUCUUUUCUUUACAAAACCGAAAAAAAGCACACAGUAUUGCACAAUCUCAAAGUAUAAAGUUGUCAAUCUCUAUCUGCAGGACGAACGUAGGAAGGAAUAAAUUAAGACUUGAAAGAAUUAG